GCUUCGACCUCAGCCAAUGGCGAGCGGGGCUGCCACGCGCGAGCGGCGGUGGGCGGGGCGGUGCCGUGCCGGGCUCGGAGGCAUGGCGGAGGAGCGGGGCAUGGCGGUGGUCACCUGCACGGCGCCCGUCAACAUCGCCGUCAUCAAGUACUGGGGCAAGCGCGACACGGAGCUGAUCCUGCCCAUCAACUCCUCGCUCAGCGUCACGCUGCACCAGGACCAGCUGAGGACCACCACCACGGCCGCCGCCAGCCGGGAUUUCACCGAGGACCGCCUGUGGCUGAACGGCGAGGAGGUGGACGCGGCGCAGCCCCGGCUGCAAGCCUGCCUGCGGGAGGUCCGGCGCCUGGCUCGCAAACGCCGCGGUGACGAUGACACGUCCCCCCUCAACCUCUCCUACAAAGUCCACGUCGCCUCCGAGAACAAUUUCCCCACCGCCGCCGGGCUGGCGUCCUCGGCCGCCGGCUACGCCUGCUUGGUUUCGGCGCUGGCUCGGCUGUACGGCGUGGAGGGCGAGCUGUCGGAGGUGGCGCGGCGCGGUUCGGGCAGCGCGUGCCGCUCCAUGCUGGGGGGCUUCGUGCAGUGGCACCGCGGCGAGCGGCCGGACGGCAGGGACAGCGUGGCGCAGCAGCUGGCCCCCGAGACGCACUGGCCGGAGCUGCGCGUCCUCAUUUUGGUGGUCAGCGGGGAGAAGAAGGCGGUGGGCAGCACGGCGGGGAUGCAGAGCAGCGUGGACACCAGCCCCUUGCUGAAGUACCGCGCGGAGGCGGUGGUGCCGGAGCGGCUGUCCCGCAUGGCUCGGCACAUCCAGGAGCGGGAUUUUGAGGGUUUCGGGGAGCUCACCAUGCAGGACAGCAACCAGUUCCACGCCACCUGCCUCGACACCUUCCCCCCCAUCUUCUACCUCAACGACGUCUCGCGUGCCAUCAUCGCCCUGGCGCACCGCUACAACGCCCACCACGGCCGCACCAAGGUCGCCUACACCUUCGACGCCGGCCCCAACGCCGUCAUCUUCGCGCUGGAGGACACCGUGCCCGAAUUCGUGGCCGUGCUGAGGCGCAGCUUCCCGCCCGCCUCCAAUGGGGACCAGUUCCUGCGGGGGCUCCCGGUGGCCCCGGUGGCGCUGCCGGAGGAGCUGGUGGCCACCGUGGUGGCGGAGCCGGUGCCGGGAGCCGUGCGCUACGUCCUGCACACCCAGCCUGGCCCCGGCCCCCAGCUCCUGCGGGACCCCGAGCGGCACCUCCUGGGCGCGGACGGGCUGCCCCGACGCACGGCAUGAGCACCGGAGAGGGGGGGGGGGACACCGGUGACACCCAUGGGUGGGGGGCACCCCAAUGGGGACUCCUGCAGUGGGGUGGGGGCGCACAGCCCCCUCCGGGACCUGAUUUUGCCCCUUUUUAACCAAAUAGAGCGUUGUCGGCUGCA